CAAUCCAGAAUCCCCAUGUCGGAUCCAACCCUUCCUUCGAACUCUCCGAACCGACCUAUGUCCGACAGUCCAGAUUCCGACGGCGGCGACCCUAUUCAGGAGGACCCUCUUCUCAAAUCUGGCAGUUUCAUUGAGCCAACUUUCAAAGAUGACCACCCAGCGCGAAACGGCGAUGUGCAUGAAGCUGAACCAUCCUCCGCACAAUCGAAGCGCCCUUUCAAACCUGUCUCUGCGCCGGAGAGGCCGGAUUGGCUGCCGGAAGGAUGGGGAUUUGAUUUCAGAAUCCGAAACUCCGGUGUCUCUGCAGGGACGUAUGAUAGGUACUACAUCGACCCUGCUUCAAACCGUCGAUUAAGGUCGAAAAAAGAAGUGCAGCAUUACCUUGAGACGGGUAUGCUAAAACGACCGGCGGACACUGCAGAAAAUACCCCUUUGAGCAGCAGUACUAAAAGCCAAAAGGGGGAGACAUCAGCGUCAUCAAAUACAGAAAGUUCCGAUGGAUGGAGCUUUGAUCAGGUAAAUGUGCCUGAUGAGAUUAGAUGGUCACUAACCGAUGCAACCAAUGACAAGUGGUGUGCGAUUAGUGGCAACGAAAUUGUACCGGAAUCAACAACCCUUGUUUGGCAAGCUUAUUAUUUCCUUGCCGCUAACCAAUAGAGGUGAGUUAAUGGUGAAUUCUAUGGCUUUACUCCAUUGAACCACCAUCAUAUUAGACUUUCUCUCAUGCUCUUUUUUAGUUUCAUAGCUCUCUUUGUUCAAU